AUGCCAGUAAAUCCUACAACAACUGGUGACACAUUCGAUGAACAUUUGAUUGGUCCAUUUGCUGUUGUACCAAAAACAGAUUGUCCUCAUUUAGCUGCUCAUACGUAUACAUUACCACAAUCAGCACAUCGUGUUCAUGGUCGACAACCAGCUUGUACUGAUUGUGGUGAAACACAAGAGAAUUGGGCUUGUUUAGAAGAAAAUUGUAAACAUAUUGGAUGUUCGCGUUAUCAACAAAAACAUAUGUUGGCACAUCAUCAAAGUACUGGACAUAAUAUAUGUUUGAGUCUAACGGAUCUUUCAUUCUAUUGUUAUGCUUGUGAAUCAUAUAUUGAUAGUCCAAAAUUAACUCAAGUUAAUCAACAAUUAAUUGCUUCUCAGCAGCAAUAA